AUGAUAUCAGUACGAAUUGUACUCACAGAUCAUUAUAUAACAUCGGUUAAUACACAAUUCGAUCCUGUUUAUUCUAAAUUACAACAUCAGAUAAAACAAGUACCAGUCAUUCGAAUAUUCGGACCGAAUGAAGAGGGAAAAAAAGUAUGUCUUCAUUUGCAUGGAGUUUUUCCAUAUUUACUCGUGAAAUCACCGACAGAUGAAAUACGAUAUGGUGAACAAUUGGCACAAAGUUUAGAUAUGGCGAUUAAUUUGUCAUUUGAAAAAGGAGAUACGGAAGCCAAACAUGUCUAUGAUAUAAGUCUAAUUGAAUUAUUACCAAUAUAUGGUUAUCAUGAAAAAGUGACUAAAUUUUGGAAAAUUGAAUUCUAUAAUCCAGCAGUUAUUCGAAAAGCGGCCGAUCUUCUUCUAGCUGGAGCUGUAAUGAAUCAAGAAUUUCAACCACAUGAAGCUCAUGUUCCAUUUAAUCUUCAAUUUUUUAUUGAUUAUAAUCUAUAUGGAAUGAAUUUUAUUUUAUUUAAUAAUGCGAAUCAACGAAAUUCAUCGAGAAUAACAACAAAUAUAUCAUCUACACAACGCAUAUCAUCUUGUGAACUUGAAUAUGAUGUACAUAUUAAUGAUAUUUGCAAUGAACAACCUCAAAUAGGUAAAGGUAUUGCUAAUCCGGGUUUACAAGCUCUUUGGAAUGGUGAACGAACUAGACGUACAAAAUUAAAUAUUACUACUCGUUUAACACCUCCAACUUCACCAGAGCGUCUUCGAACAAAUCCAUUUGCUGCUGAACUUCGUCAUCAGGAAAAAUUUAAAACAAAUAUUGAAAAACGUCCUCCACCUAUUAUUGACGAAACAUCACCAGUAAGUUCACUUAUAAGUGAUCAUGAUACAACAAUAAAUCUCGCACAAAUCGAACGAGUCAACUCAAUAAGUCAACAAGUUGAUGAUGAAAUUCUUGUACAAAUGAUGGUUAAUGAUGAAAUCAGUGACUCGCAAGGAAUUGAAAAUGAUAGUAUUUUAGCUGCUGAUGUUAAACAACUUGAUGAUGAAGAAUUAUUAGAUACAGAUAUAGAAACAACAAUGGUUAAUAAUUCAAUAUUAGAUAUUGAAUCUGAUUCAUUAACUAUUCCAUCACCACCAUUAAUAAUUACAAAUAGUGAAACAUCAUCUCAAACAAGUGAAAUGGAACGUGAAGAAACAAAAAAUUACUUACAAAACUUUUUCAUGAAAAUACCAAAUAAAAAUGAUGAUAUAUCAUCGAAUUAUUGUUGGUUAGAAACAAUAACACGACCACCUCUACGAAAACGAACUACAAAUAUUUAUAAUCAAAAAAUUUCUACACAAAUUAUCUGCCAAGAUAUCGAAGAUGAAACACCAUUUGUUAAAUUAUUUUCAAAUAUUCCAGAAUAUAUUUCUAAACAUCACCAACGUACUAACAUUCAACAAAUUGAAGAAGAAAAAAUUUCUAUUAAUCUUGAUAAAGGUGAUCAAUGGUAUGGACCAUUACAACCACCACCUCAACCUGAUCUUUACAAAAUAUCUCAUGCAAAGUUGUUAAAAAAAGACGAUAUAUCAAGAAAAUCUCGUACUAAUCUUUUACAUAAAGAUUCAACGAAAGCAAAUGCAUUUCUUAAUAAAAUUGGUAUUGAAUCUAAAUUACGCUUGGUUUCAAAUACAAGUGAUUCAUGUUCAAAUGAUUUUGUUAAUGAUAAUUCAAAUAAAAAUGAACUUGUACAUGAAUGUCAAUAUUUAACUAUAAUUUCAUUUGAAAUUUUUUGUCAUACAAAUGAAACAUAUGCAUUUGCACUGGAUAAAGAUGAAAUAUGUUCAAUAUUUUAUACAAUAGCUAAUGAAACAUUAGAUGGAUGGAAAAUUCAAUCAUCAGUUCUUUUAUCAACGAAUUAUUUACGUAUAAUAAAACCUGAACUUUUACAAAAAUCAUUUCGUUCAUUAGAAAAUAAAACAAUAGAAUUUGUUAAAAAUGAAUUGGAAUUAAUUGAACAAUUUUCAAAAAUAAUUCAACAAACUGAUCCUGAUAUAUUUAUUUGUUAUGAUAUGAAAUUAUCUUUAUAUUAUUUAAUAAAACGAGCAAAAUUAAAAUAUAAUUUAGAUUUAUUAAUUAAAUUUAGUCGUAUACCUGAACAAUAUGAUAAUAUAACACGUGCACGAAGUCAUAUGAGUGCGGAUGGUAGUGAUGUACCAAUGAUAGUUGGAAGAGUAUUACUUGAUUUAUGGAAACUUUUACGAAGUGAAAUAACAUUAAAUAUUUAUACAUUUGAAAAUGUGAUUUAUCAUGUAUUACAUGAACGUGUACCACAUUAUGAAUUAAAUUUACUUUCGAAAUGGUUUAUCGAGGAAGGAACAAAUCCAUCAUUUGGUUUAAGAGAUUUUGUAACAUUUUUAGAUUAUGGUUGGACACAUUCGAUAGGAAAUUUUCGACUUAUUUAUGAAUUAGAUUUAAUUAAUAAAACAUCGGAAUUUGCACGAAUUUAUGGAAUUGAAUUUUAUCAUGUUCUUUCACGUGGUUCUCAAUAUCGUGUUGAAUCAAUGAUGAUUCGACUUGCUAAAUGUUUGAAUUUUGUAACUGUUACUCCAGAUAAUAUGCAACGAUUACAUAUGCGUGCACCAGAAUGUAUUCCAUUAACUCUUGAACCUAUUUCAACGAUAUAUUUUACGCCAAUUGCUGUCUUAGAUUUUCAAUCACUUUACCCAUCGAUAAUAAUUGCUUAUAAUAUUUGUUAUUCAACAUGUCUCGGGCGUAUUGAUCAACUUGAUAAACAAGGACCAUUUAAAUUUGGUUGUACAUCAUUAUCCAUAUCAGAUAAAAUUCUAUCAAAUUUAAAUCUUGAUACAGAUGUUUUUUGUUCACCAAAUGGUAUUGCAUUUGUUAAUAAACAUAUACGACGUGGAAUUUUACCUAUUAUGUUAGAAGAAAUUUUAGCAACACGUGUCAUGGUUAAAAAUACAAUGAAAUUAAUUGAUAAAAAAUCAACAUUAUAUAGAACAUUAGAUGCAAGACAAUUGUGUUUAAAAUUAAUAGCGAAUGUUACAUUUGGAUAUACAUCCGCUAGUUUUAGUGGACGAAUGCCAAGUGUCGAAAUUGGUGAUACUAUUGUUCAUACUGCUCGUACUGUUCUCGAACGUGCCAUUGAUUUUAUAAAAACUAAUCCACAGUUUGGCGGUCGUGUUGUUUAUGGUGAUACAGAUUCUUUAUUUAUUCAAUUUCCUCAUUCAACUCGUUCACAAGCUUUUGAACAAUCACAUUUACUUGUUAAAGCGCUUAAUCAAUUAUAUCCAACACCGAUAAAAAUUAAAUUCGAAAAAAUCUAUAUGCAAAGUGUUUUAGCAUCAAAAAAACGUUAUGUUGGUAUAUCCUAUGAGACAGUCGAUCAAAAACAUGGUAAAUUUGAUGCCAAAGGUAUUGAAACUGUUCGUCGUGAUACAUGUUUAAUUGUCUCAAAAAUUCUUCAACAUUCACUUAAAUUAUUAUUUCAAAAUAAAGAUAUAACACGUGUACGUCAUUAUGUACAAUCUGAAUGUGAAAAAAUCUUAACAAAUCAUUAUAAUUUACUUGAUUUUAUAUUUGCUAAAGAAUAUCGUGGAAAAACAAAAUAUCAUCCAUCCGCACCUGUACCAGCAUUACGUAUAGCAAUGGAACGAGCUAAAACAAAUUCAUUAGCUGAACCAAAUCAAGGUGAACGUGUACCAUAUCUUAUUGGUUUAAAUCUUGAAUAUCCAAAUGCAAAUUUAAUUGAUUGUGUUUGGACAUUAGAUAAUGUCCUUCAAUUAAAUUCAGAAUUUAAACUUCAUUCAAUGUAUUAUAUAAAAAAACAGAUACUUCCAGCGCUUGAUCGUUGUUUAGCAUUGAUUGGAGUCAAUUGUUUUAAAUGGAUUGAUGAUUUAUCAUUGGAUAUGAAUAUAAAUGAUAAACAACAAGAACAAAUAUCUGAUGAAAAUUUUUUAAAAUUAAAUCAAUUACGAAAACGUUGUGUUAUUUGUUUACAAUUAACAAAUACACCGUUAUGUAAUGAAUGUCGAAAUGAAGAAGAUUUAUCAGAAACAAUGAUUAUAUGUGAAAAUAAAGCAAAUAAAUUCGAACGACAACAUGCAAAUUUACAAAGAUUAUGUUAUGGUUGUUCGGAUCGAAUAGAUGGAUGGUUUCAAUGUUCAUCAACUGAUUGUCCAGUUAAAUUUCGUAUUCAUAAAACGACUCAAUUAAUGCAAAAUGCACAAGAAACAAGAAUGUUUCUAUAUAAUGAAUGUUAA